CCGCUUUUUAGACAACAUUGUAUCCAAGUAAACAAUAUGGCGGCCAAGGGUCAGUUGAUUAUGGAUCCUUCUAUUAUUGAUGAUGGUUUGGUGCGUUUAAGUGGAGAGACCCAUGUGUUAAACUACGAUACCAACAUAUUAAACUUGGAGGAAAACAGAGAUGUAUCGCCAGGUGUGGAUGUUGACGCUGAAAAUGAUGUUCCGGUCACUACGGGCACCGACUCGGAUUCAGAAACUGAAGAGGAUGUUGAGCUUUCUCCGGGAGGCAUUUUGGAUGAGAACACCAUCGGAAUCGCACUUUCAAAUCUUGGAAGAUCUGCAGACGGCAAGAAACAAGUGUACUUGCACUGCACAAUACCGGGUUACAACCUGAUUGAUAUAAAGGCUUUGGCCACCUACACUGAAUUGCAGAAAGUUGAAAUUCCAUACAAUCAAUUGACAGAUUUGCAGCCCCUGAGUAGUCUCCCCUACCUGCUGAUCCUCAACGCGUCGCACAACAAGCUGACCACCGUGCUGGACUUCACGCCGCCCCGCAACCUGAAGGAGGUGGACCUCUCCUACAACUCCAUAGCGGUCAUGGCUGACCUCUCCGCCCACCACUCUCUCGCCAAGCUCAACCUGGACUACAAUCAAAUACAGCAGAUUACAGGUCUGGACAAAUGUUCCCGCCUCAAGCACCUGAGCAUUGCCCAUAACAAGAUAGCAAGUAUCCGGGGCCUGGAUCAUCUACCUCUGCAGUACCUCAACUUGUGCCACAACAAGCUUACAAAAGUAGAAAGCCUUGAAACCCUAAAGAACAUUCAGCGCAUCAACUUUUCUGGAAACAAGAUCCGAAGUUUGAAAGGUUUGCAGAAUCAUGAUCUGUUGGAGAGCCUGGAUUUGGAGGACAAUGAAGUUAUAGACAUCAUGGAGAUCCAAUACAUACGGGAGCUGCCCAUGCUGCGGGAGCUGAACCUGCUGAGGAACCCCAUUCAGGAGCUGCCGGACUACCGCCUCUCCAUCCUGUUCCAGAUACAGCGCCUCACCGAGCUCGAUAGGCACAAGGUGGAGGUCGAAGAGAAGGUGGCGGCAGUGAACAUGUUCAACCCUCCCCCAGAGGUGAUAGCGGCCAGGGACCACAUCAUGCAUGUAGUGUACUCUUUCCUACAGCCCAGCAGGGUCUUGGACAGCACGUUGCCGAGUAUUGAGACCCCGUAUCCCAUGCUUGUCCUGGUGGGGCCCCAGGGGUCGGGCAAGAAGGACCUCGCCAUGAAACUUGUAGAGGAGUUCUCAGACUACUUUGGAUACGGCAUCUCCCACACCACAAGAAAGCCACACAAGGAGGAGACAGCAGGGAAGGACUAUCAUUUUGUCACAGAGGAAAAGUUUGAGAUGGACAUUAAAAUGGGUCAGUUCAUCCAGACGUACCAGUACAAUGGUCAGUGGUAUGGACUACAGAUGGAAUCCAUAGAGUCUGUGGCACGAGAGGGACUGGCCUGUGUUGUUCACAUGGAGCUUGAGGGUGUACUAACAUUGAAGAACACAUACUUUGAGCCGCGGUACGUGCUGGUGAUGCCACUGUCUGAAGAGUGUCACGAAAAGCGGCUGAGGGACCGAGGAAUAUACAAGGAGAAGCAGAUUGAGUACACCCUGAUGAGAGCAGAGAUGUACAAGUCGUAUAACCAGAAUCAUCCGGGCUUCUUCGAUAUGAUGAUUGACAGUGACGACAUCCAGGAGGCAUACAGGCGUUUGCGUCGCCUGGUGAUGGACUACCUAGGUAUCGGCAUCACAUCACCAUCUGGGUCCGAGGCUGGGGACCAGCCCACCGAAGCCACAAGAGGGGACACGGACAUGAACAUCACCACCCAGGCCGGUACCCGCACAUGGUCCAAGCCCACUGAUGUGCCUGGUACCCAGCCUUUCCAGCGCAGUCGUGGGGCUCAGUCUCCCAUCAUCUCUGGACGGGGAAUCAUUGAGGAAGAGUCGUUUCGCAGACGUCAGAGUGCUGCAAAGGAAGCUGUUGUUGGCGCCAAUCCACCACUCAUGAAUCAACUGCUCAGCAGCUACCCUAAAACAGCACCACAGAGUGUGGAAGGCCAGGUUGGUCUACGGGUCAGUCAGACCACACUGACAGAUCAGCGAUCAUUCUCCGCUCCGGUCGUCAACAAACCGGUUCGGCCCGGUUCCUCAGACUCCAGUGAGAAUCGGUCUGGGGCCAGCUCCAGCCUGAGCGACCUCACGUCAACGAGCGAUGUCCAGCGCGCAGGCUCUCCUAACGCAACUCCCACCAAAGGCCGGACCACCGUCCCGCAGCCCACGGGACCAGGAAACAUGCUGCCCAUGGAGCGGGUCAACCCGCUACAGCUGAUGGGCGAGACGGGCGUUAAGGGACCUAGCCCACCCUCUGGCCCGCGCCCAAGCUCCCAUGAUGCAUCAAAAAGGGCCGGAUCAUCUAAGCAUAAAGUGUUGCCACCUAUUGCAACUCAAAAUCAAAGACCAAUUGAGCUGCAGUGACAGUUGUAUAAUUUUGUGCAUUGCAAAAAAUUUCCUCGACUACGACUUUUUUUACACUAGUGACAUUGUUUUUUAAUAUCAUAUAAUGAAACAUGAAAUAAAUAGAAUAUUAAUACAUUACUAGUUUAAGAUUUCAGAGGACCAUCUAUUGACAUUAAUUGAAACUGGAACGUUGUGAAUUGGUAUUGCCUUUGUGAUAAAUGUUAUUGUAUGUUGUAUAUUUAUUCAAAUCUGUGAUAAUUAAUCCAUAAUAUGUUGGUUGUA